AUGGUCAACAUCACCGAAAAGAUCAAGGAGUAAGCACCUCGGUAAGAUGCAAGUUUAGGCAAUCUCUAAUCGCUCGCGCAGGAUCGAGGAUGAAAUGAGGAGGACGCAGAGUAAAUGAUGCCCUCGUACUGGAUAUAUACUCGUGCUAACAAGUCGAAGAGAACAAGGCCACCGGUAUGUUGCUCACCGAGAUCGGGAACGAAACUUGCUAAGGUUCAUCAGAGUACCAUCUCGGUCUUCUCAAGGGGUACGUGGAUAGCGAGGCACAAUUCGUAUCGGACAACCUUUGCUGAUAGCCGCUAGCAAACUCGCUCGGCUACGUGCACAGUUGCUGGAGCCUGGCCCUGGAGCUGGAGGAGCCGCAGGUACUGGCUUCGAUGUCUCGAAAUCUGGCGAUGCCCGGAUAGCCCUCGUUGGCUUCCCGUCUGUGGGAAAAUCCACCUUCCUAUCGAAGAUCACCAAGACGAAGUCGGAAGUGGCAGCUUAUUCGUUCACAACGCUCACAGCUAUUCCCGGAGUCCUAGAGUAUGGCGGUGCGGAAAUUCAGAUUCUGGAUCUUCCUGGUAUCAUCGAAGGUGCAGCAGAAGGUAAAGGUCGAGGGAGGCAGGUCAUUUCUGCCGCAAAGGUGAGUUAAUUGAAAGAUUGGUUGGACUCUGCCGCUGAUGGCCCAUCAGACGAGCGACAUGAUCCUCAUGGUCCUCGACGCCACCAAGCGAGCGGAGCAGCGAGCGCUUCUGGAGGCAGAACUGGAGGCAGUGGGGAUUCGCCUGAACCAAGAUCCUCCCAAUAUCUACCUGAAGCAGAAGAAGGCUGGCGGAAUGAAAAUCACCUUUCAGACGCCGCCGAAGAAUCUGGAUGAGAAGAUGCUCUACAACAUCCUUCGAGACUAUCGUAUACUCAAUUGCGAAGUCUUGAUAAGAGAUGAAAAUGGUAAGUCUCCGGGAAGCCAUACAUCAUUACCCGCCGCUUGGCACUGUACUAACAGAACCAGCUACUGUCGAUCAAUUCAUCGACGUAAUCAUGAAAGAUCACAGAACAUACAUCAAAUGCCUCUACGUCUACAACAAGGUGGAUAGCAUCGGCUUAGAGCAUCUUGACAAGCUCGCCAAGGAGCCCAACACAGCCGUCAUGAGCUGUGAACUUGACCUCGGCAUCCAAGAUGUAGUGGCUCGAUGCUGGGACGAGCUCCGCCUGAUCCGAAUCUACACUAAACGAAAGGGUGUAGAGCCCGACUUCAGUGAGGCGCUCAUCGUCCGCAACAACUCUACCAUCGAAGACGUGUGCGAUGCCGUUCACAGGACCCUCAAGGAGAGCUUCAAGUACGCCUUGGUUUGGGGAGCAAGCGCGCGGCAUAUACCGCAGCGCGUGGGACUUUCACAUCCCGUGUCUGAUGAAGACGUUGUGAGCAUAGUCGGCACAAAGAGUGGACUUGCGGCCAAAUAG